ACUAUUUUUUUCACGCAUGAUCUGUUGUCACCGGUGAAGCAGAGAGGCUUUGGUCGCGCGAAUCUCGCUACGUUUAGCGGUUUAGAGGAGAAUAGAGGCGUUUAUCGAUGAAACCGAGGAGUUAGAGAGGAUUAUAAUCCGUGUGGAGGACGGGAAGAGCUGCUGUAGAUGGAGGAAGUGGCAGCUGCCCCCCCGGCCCUGCCCGGCCCGUCCCAGCCCACGUUCUGCCGGCCCGCGGCCUCCGAGCGCCGCAGCCGCAAGUCUGGCUCCGCCAACAUCUUCCAGGGCGUGAAUCUGCGCCAGCUGCGGCGCCUGUUCCGGUCAGCCGGGGAACCGGACGCUGAGCAGCGAGCGCGAAUGGUGUGGGGCGACUGGACAGCGGGGGCAGCUGAGGGGGAGGACGGCGGGCAGGACGAAGAGGAGGGGGAAGAUGAAGAUAGGCUGGCGCAGGCACUGGUGGGAUUGAGGGUCCGAGCCAGAAACCGCAGCGGAAUCCGGGCAGAACCUCAUCGCAGCGACGGCGUCUCCGCCACCAGAGGGGUUCGGGCAUUUGGACACUCCAGAUUUAGUGAGCGGUCUCCAGGACAGUCGUCUGAAGCUGCCGCUGAUGAAGAUGAUGCUGCCGCUGCAGGAGCCUGUGGUGGGCAGGAUCCCGUCACCGCUGGGUCAUGUGACUCAGGGGACGUCCUGUAUGAAGAAGAGGAGGUUCGAGGAUCUUGGAGUCGGAGUGGUGCUGUGGAGAAGGAUCCAGAACGCUACCUCCACCGUAUACGGCACUGACGGAGGAGCCGGAACACUGCGGGAUUAUCAGAGAGACCGAGAGAGAGAGAGAGCGGG